AACCUAAGAAGUUUUGUUCCAGCAUCAUCAGCACUGUGUUGAUUGCAGAGGCCAAAUCGUGCGAUGGCCAGGAAGAGUUAACUGCUGCCUUGAAACAAAGGACUCUCUCUCUUGCUGGUGGCUUUGUGAACGACUGAGGAAUAGUUGAUAAGAUGGAGUUCAACAAGUUUCUGAAUGCAUCAGGGGGACAUCAAAGAAGGCAAGAGGAGGCUUUUGCUGGUGCAGGCAGCAGUGAAGCCAGGGUGGACGAUGAUGUGGAUUUUGUACAAAUGUAUCUUAGCUGUUUACCUGAGAGAUAUAUGAAGGCAAAAUUUACCCUGACAGCAUAUCUGGUGUGUUGGCUAAUCUUGAAACUCUGUAAGACAGCCUGGGAAAAAAGAUAUCCAGCCAUUCAAAAGGCCUCGGAGCCAGUUGACAACUGCACAAGUGAAGGAGAGAUCGAAGAAGAUCAGAAUUCUUCAAACCCAGAUACACCAGAGCUGGAGAUAUGUGGAUCAGGCCAGGAAACAGAUGAAGACUAUUUUGAAACCCAGUCAUAUCAAAGCGAAUCACUGUCAGAUAUCAAAACAGAGACUUAUGAAAGUGUGUCAGACUCGGAGUCCAUUGCCAGUGAUGUCACUAGAGAACCCAAUCUUUCUUCAGAAAUAGAAGAAUCGUGGCAUAAGCAUUCCAAAACAAAAGGAGAUAGGUCUCCUCCCAAGUGUUUCACAAAAGAAUUUGGAUUUAUUCAGAAGGAAAAUGUGGAUUUCCCUUCAGCCUUACAUGUAGCAACAAGCAAACAUGGAUUGGAGUUAUUAGCAUCAGAAUCCAAAAUUGAAGACGUCAAAGGAAAGGAGCAGGUAUUACCUUACAGUAUUACCUCCACGGGGUCAAAGGCUAAUAAAAAUGAUUUUGUGUUACGGACCGAAGCUUUGUUAAAAGUGGGGACAAAAUCUGCAAACAGAGAGGCACACUUCCAUACCCAUUCAGAAGAUCAUAUUAAAGGUGCCAGUAGCAAAGAGAGAAUGAGUCCAGAAGCAGUAACAUUGGUUAAUCUCAGAACAAACUCUGAAAGCGCUUUGAAUAUUUCUGAAACUUGCUGCUCCUGCUCAGAAACAGUUUCCAGAAAGAGUUUGCCUAAUAUUCAUAUAGAAACAAAUGGAACUUGGAAAAGAUAUAAUGAAUCUUCCAAAAUGAGGUAUAAAAAAGAUUGUAUAUUUAAUGCCAAGAAUAGUCAAAAGAAUACUUUUGACAGUGAAAAAAUUGUAGAAACAAAUUUGUAUGGCAGAAAGCAGAAACUCACAGAUUUUAAAUCUAUAUUUUUGGUGCCUUCCACAAAGCCAGGAAAUUUAGCAAUGAAAUCAUGGCAUAGUUCUCCUGGAAAUAUAAAUGGUCAAGAUAUCAGAGAACAUAUUGAAGAUUGCCUUUGUCUAGCAGAUAAAUUAAGCCAAUCGUUUUCCACAUUGCCCCUAAAAGAAUCAGAUCAUGUUCAUGUUAAGGAAAACAUAGAUUGUUCAAAAACAUCCUUAAAAGCGGCAAAGGACACAAAUAUUAAAGAGUUAUUUCUUACUCCUCACUUGAUUUCAAAUAAAAAUGUACAGAAGCAGACAGAAAACUCCCAUGGGACCAACAAAUCCCAGCUUUGUGGCCUUACAACAAAAGGAACAGAAACAUCUGAAUGUCAGUUGUUGGUAUUGUCCCAGCUGCCAAAUUCCUCAGAAAACAAUUCUAAAAAGAAGAAAUUUUCAAAUAUGAGAUGUAUAUCAACACAUGUAACUGCCAAUGUAGAGUUAAAAAAACACCUGAAAUCAAAAAAUCAGCUAGAAAUUAAAGGGUUGUCUCCAAAUCACAUUGGUUCUGAAUCACACAUCUGUGAUGUUCAUGUCUCAGAAAGAUACAUAGAUAAAUGCACUGUGGCAAAUAAAUAUAAUACUUGUGAUGUUCAUGCUUCCAUGAUUAAUGCAGAUGUGAACAAGGAAAGCAAAUGCAUCAAAACUCAAAACCUUGAGGCUGUUUUCAGAGCAUCUGAAGUGAGAAGUAAAUAUGGGCCAAAUAUAGGCCAUGAAAAGGCAGUUGAGAUUCUGACAUCAAAUGGAAAAGAUUUUAGAGAACAAGAACCCAGUACACCCAAUAUAUUAAGAUAUCCUUUGAAUCAUCACAAUGAUAUAGAAAAGGCUUGCAAUUGCAGUAAUUGUGAAGAUGUUGAUGUCCCUGCUUUUAAAGUAGCACUAAUACCACAUUAUAUGUGCCAGAAGGAAAAAUCAGAUAAUAUUUCUGAGUUAAAAGCUUUAUUGAUGGAAAGCCCUGGUCAAGAACCAUUGCAAACAAAUGUUGAAGUUGAGAACUCUUUGCCUAAAUUUACUGAGAUACUAGAGCAUGAGAAUUCAAACUCUCAUCUCAUCACCAUCAUGGAUGCUACAAAAUCAGAAGAAUCUCCAAACAGAAAGUCCAGUUGUACCAAUGACAUGUUUUCUGUGCAGGUGUUGCCAUACAAUGAAGAUGAAUUCCAAGUUAAGAUGGCUCCUGAGAAAAGUUCAGGAAACACACAUUGUGAAACAGAUGCAAACAUGCUGGACUCACUGUCUUUGCCAGGCUCUGCAAAAUCUACGGAAGCUAGUUUGGGGAACAAUACAUCCACAACUAAUUUACUUUUAGAAAGUACUGUGCAAACUUGGAAAGAAGAGGGGUGCCUAGAUAUUUUGUCCUUGGCUCUGCCUGCAGCAAAUAGAGACAUAUCACUAAGAAAACCAUGUCAGUUGAAUAGUGAUUCUGUGUUAGAGACAGUACAAAUAACAAACCAUGAAUCCCAAACUCGUGGCUAUACAGCAAUGGAUGAAUCUAUGACUACAAAUGCAGAACAGGAUGCUUGUGUAAAUAUUGCAAGAACACAGGAAAUAAAUAGUAAAAAUAUAUUGUGCCAAGACAUUGUUGAUGAUGAUGAGACUCAUCUUCAAGGAAAUAAAAACAAUGCUAAGCAAAUUAUUGGGGAGAGAGACUCCAAAAUCUGUGAUGUAAUACAUGAGGAAAUUGCGGUUUCUCUCAAAUCAGAAUCAGAUAAAGUUUUUACAACCGAAAAUUUAAAGUGCAUUAGUAAAAACUAUGACAUGGAUGUGAAUCCAGAUAUCUGUGACACUUCAGUGAAGACUGACACACAAGAUAAUAGCACCAGUGGCCUAGAUAAUAUUAGCAUGGGAAGUGCAAAUAGUGAAGAGAUGGACAAUAAUAUAAUUAACUUUUUGGGUAGUAACAAUAGUUUCUAUAAGGCAGUGCAAAGAAUCAACAAAGUGGGCGCCAUAGAAAAGUCUGUUAAGUAUUCUAAAUUUUUAGCUUUCCCCAAGAUGGCAUCCUUCAGGAAAUCUAAGUUAACAUUUCCUGACAACCAAGAUAAUGUGAAAACUAAGGAAGUAACAUUUGAUAGUGAUAAAGCAGAUGAAGUAGACGAAGUAGAAGAUAAUUGGAAAGACCUCAAUUCAUCCAGUUCUACUUUGCAAAACAAGGAUCAAUGCCUUGUAGAAUAUUCAGAUGACGACGAUUUAUUCUAUGAAAAACCUGUUGGACUUUUCAAUAGAAUUAGUUUGAGAAAAGCUUCUAGUUCUGGUCGGACAGUCUUAGAAAGCGCAGGCACAUAUUCUUCUUCUUCCAUGUUAUCCAGGGUAAAAUAUGGGGAAGGAACAACUUUAGGAUUUGUAGAGAACAACAAUAAUGAGUUUAAUGAGUACCCUGAAGUCCAGAAAUCCUCCCCAGAGAAUGAUUUUAAAUGUAACAAAAACAUAGAUAGCAAAAAAUUCCGGAGCCGAUUGGCCUUGGCCCAUAGAUCCUUCUCAAGCUUUUUUGAAUCAAAAACGCUGGAAAAAGAAAAUGCUCAACAGAGUCCAAAAAUUUCAUUAAAGAAUGAAAAAGUGAAAGUGCACCAAUCUUGGAAAGUUUUUCUAAAAAACAAGGAGGCAGAUAGCCUGAAGCAAAACCCCUGUUCAAAUAGGAGCUCUGGAAACUUUAGUAGAAAAUCAUUGAAGGAAAAAAAGGAGUAUCAAAAUGGACAAGAAUUUUUUAAAUACAGUGUUUCUAAUGGCUCAUCUACAGGAGGUGGGCAUUCCUAUUCCUUUGGGCCUGCUGACUUUCUACCUAUAGACACCAGGAGGAAGAGGAAAGAGUCAUCCUAUAGCCCAGAUUGUAGUGGAAAGGAAAAAAUGGUGGGGAAUGACGGGAAUACCUCCUAUGAAGAAUUCUGGCUGAAAUCUCCAAUUACUCCAAUUGAUCUGCAGUCAUCAUUUUCCCAUUUCACUCCUUCUUGCCCCCAGUUGUCAAUGUAUGAACGUAAAGACAUGCCAUGCAGACCUAUGAGUCCCAAGCCACAAAGUCCUCGAACUGCUCAUCAGCGGAUGGGCUUCCAUUAUCCUGGUAAAUUAAGUUCAACUUCACUGAUAUCUCUUGGAAAUAUCUCUAUUAUCGAUGGCGGUUUGGAAGCACCUGAGAGGCCAAAGACAUUGAAACCCAGAUCUAGUUUCUUGCAGUCCAUGCAUUCAUUAGAUAAUGACUAUUUUAGAGAAGACAGUGGGAUAAGCAGCCAGUCACAGAUCAGCUUAAACACGACUGCUUCAAUGAGUGAUAUAAUCAGAGAUGAGGAACAUUCCCAACAAAGUGAAAUUUCAGCAGAAGAGAGGUCAGGUGAAAAGCAUGGUCUUCCUUACCGAAAAAAGUCUAUUCAGAUGCCAGGGUCUUUGGAUUCAAAUGUAGAAGACAAGGCCUGGAUCCUUCCCUUCUAUAUCCAGAAGGGAAAGAUAAAAAAGCAUGUCCAGCAGAAGAGACACAAAUCCCUAUACAAAUGUUUCAGCUUUGAUGAUACAUGGAUGGAGAGAAAUCGAAAAAGAACCUUUGUGAGAGAGGACCAAUCAGACAGAGAGAACGAAUCAAGUAACUUCUCAGAAGAUCAACUCAAUGUUAAAACAAAAUCGGUUACUUCUCCAGUGGCCACUGAUGCCCUUCCUCUCAAGUUGCACCUCUAUUCCCAGAGCACCCCUACAGGACUAGACUGCAUGGGCUUGAGGCAAAGCAUCUCCUUUCCUGUAAUUGCUGAUGGAUCAUUAGAGAAAACCAGUGAUGACAUUGGGAGUGAAGAGGAUUUAUAUGAAGAAUUCCGAAGUUCAAGUCAUCGUUAUGGCCACCCAGGUGGUGGAGGAGAACAACUUGCUAUUAAUGAGCUUAUCAGUGAUGGUGGUGUGGUCUAUGCAGAAGCACUCUGGGAUCAUGUCACUAUGGAUGACCAAGAACUAGGUUUCAAGGCUGGCGAUGUUGUUGAAGUCAUGGAUGCUACUAACAAAGAAUGGUGGUGGGGCAGGAUAAUGGAGAACGAAGGCUGGUUCCCAGCUAGCUUCAUACGGCUCCGAGUGAACCAGGAUGAACCAAUUGAAGACUAUCCUCUGAAGUUAGAAGACGGUCAGGAAAAAGAUGGAAGAAAUGCUGCUCAUCGCUAUGGAAUGGGGCAUACAACAAAGGAUCAAAUGAGAACCAAUGUUAUUAAUGAAAUUCUAAGCACAGAAAGGGAUUACAUCAAACACCUAAAAGACAUCUGUGAGGGCUACAUAAAACAAUGCCGUAAAAGAGCAGACAUGUUCACAGAAGAGCAGUUGAAGACUAUAUUUGGGAAUAUUGAGGAUAUCUACAAAUGCCAGAAAAAAUUUGUUAAAGCCUUGGAGAAGAAAUUCAACAAAGAUUGCCCUCACCUAAGUGAGGUUGGCUCUUGCUUCUUGGAAUAUCAAAAUGAAUUCCAGAUUUAUUCAGAGUACUGUAACAAUCACCCAAAUGCUUGUAUGGAGCUUUCCCGGCUUACCAAAGUGAACAAAUACGUCUAUUUCUUCGAAGCAUGCCGUCUCCUUCAGAAGAUGAUUGAUAUUUCUCUGGAUGGUUUCCUCCUAACGCCAGUGCAGAAAAUUUGCAAGUAUCCCCUACAGCUUGCAGAACUGCUGAAAUAUACCAAUCCGCAGCAUAGGGAUUUUAAAGAUGUUGAAGCUGCUUUGAAUGCCAUGAAAAAUGUAGCACGGCUCAUCAAUGAAAGGAAGAGGCGUUUGGAAAAUAUAGACAAAAUUGCUCAGUGGCAGAGCUCAAUAGAAGACUGGGAGGGUGAAGAUGUCCUUGUUAAGAGUUCUGAACUCAUCUACUCUGGGGAAUUAACCAAAAUUUCCCAGCCUCAAGCAAAAAGCCAUCAAAGAAUGUUCUUCCUCUUUGAUCACCAACUUGUAUGCUGCAAGAAGGAUCUCCUACGGCGUGACUUCCUCUAUUAUAAGAGUCGGAUCAACAUGGAUCUUAUGGAAAUUCUGGAUGUGGAAGAUGGAAAAGAUAAAGAUUUCAAUAUUACUAUUAAAAAUGCAUUCAAACUGCAUUGCCAGGACACUGAAGAAGUCCAUUUAUUCUGUGCAAAGAAACCAGAACAGAAGCAACGCUGGCUCAAGGCAUUUGAGAAUGAAAGGAAGCAGGUUCAGCUUGACCAGGAAACAGGUUUUUCCAUCACUGAAAUGCAGAAGAAACAAGCUAUGCUUAAUGCCAGCAAACAAAACCAGAGUGGAAAGCCAAAAGCAAUGAUCACCAGGACGUACUACGAUUUCUUGAUGCGCCAGAAACACCCUACUCUGCCUACAAACCUUCCCCAGCAGCAAGUCUUCAUGUUGGCAGAGCCCAAACGCAAACCUUCAAACUUCUGGCAGAAUAUCAGCAGGCUGGCACCAUUUCGAAAAUGAAGGGAAGCAGCCUGACCUUGUGCCUGAAUCCCUUUUGAGACAGCACUUUAAGCUUCUGUCCUUCAAGCCCAAGCACUUUCUCCACCUCUGGCUUAGCAUCCUCUCCUCCCGACUCCUUUCCUUUGGAUCAACUGGAAGAGCUUCAAAGUGUUAUGAUCUUGUUGUGUUUGUGUGCAUGUGUGUAUGUCAGUGAAAACGAACUCAGACUGCCAAUACGGAUGAGUACCUAGGAGAAGACGGAUGUCAGAAUAUUUUUUUAAAAUUACUUAUUUGUCCCUUUUAUUCUGGACCGCCCUUCAAUCUGGGAACUUUUAUUCGAAAAGACUGACAGGAAAAGACAACAGUGGAUGAGCGGCUACCUGAACUUCUCGGCUAUUUGACAUGCUUACUGGUACACAUUUUCCUGAUGAGGUUCUCCCUUCCUCCUAUCCAAAUUUUCAGAUCCAGAACAGCCUGAGCAUUCCCAGGUGAUCAAACGUCACCUUCUCUUAUGUCAAACAGCUGAUCUGGAACCAGUACUUGAUUAACCAACUUGAGGUGCGGCUAAGAGCCAGGACAUUUGUAGCCUAAUUGAGUUAAUGUAUAUAGGGGAGGGAAAUUGAGCCUAAAUAACCUUUUAAUUUCUUUUACUUUCUCAUAGCUCCUGGCCAACAAUACUUUUCUUUUUCAAUGUUUAUAAAAUGUUUAUUUAUGUAACAGUGCAAAUAACUGUAUUUUGUAAGUUUGUAAUCUGUCUUGUCAGGUUUUUAACUUGAUGCCUCUUUUGCCUCUUCUUUUCCACUAAAGAACGCCAGUAUUUGGAAGCCUAAAUCAACCUUCCACAACUUGAUGUCCUCCAAUUGUGUGGAAGUCCCAUUCCAAGAAUUCCAAAAUAGGUGCAGUGAGCUUUUGUGGAUUCUGGGAGUUACAGUCCAAACAGAUCUAGGAGGCUCAAUAUGGAAGAAAGGCUGACCUAUAUUCCUAAAGAUACAAUACGUAGAUUUAUCUAAAGAUUAAUUUCAGGCAUGCCAGGCAUUACAAACUAAGCAGUAUUAUUUGGAACUGUGGUAUAUCACCUAUGCAACACUCUGCAGAGGAGGUGGCGGUGCUUAAGAGAAGACAGGGACACAGAUUUGCCAAUUUUUAUGGAGAGUGUAUAUUCAGAUACUAACCACUUGAAAAUUGAUGGCACUCUCUCUCCAUAUAAUCUUUUGAUUAGAUAAAAGAUUUGCCUUACAAUAGUGAAAUAGAUAGAAGCCAUAACUGACUGAAUCCCAUUGUUUAGGGAUUUCCUGGUACUGUGAAAUUAAAAGUGAAGAACCCAACCUACCCUGGCAUGACAUUACUCCAGGGGAGUGAGCACUCAGCGGUGUGAUGCAAAAUGUUGCAGGGUCCAACUGUAGCUGACCAGCCUUCAGUUAUAGAAAGCUAGAAGCAUGUACAGAAUCAUUAUUGCACUUUCUCUUUCCCUCUUUGGAGGGAUUACAUUUAAUUUCAUAAAGAAAAUUGUAAAACUGACUUUCAUGCAGUGUCUGUUUUUUUUCUUAUGCAGAAAUGUCUUGUAACCCAAUAAGCAUGUCCUUUGUAUUUGAUUAUCCUUAAACGAACAACUACUGGUAAUAGGUUUGCUUGGAGCAAUCAGCAGAGUUUUUAUUUCAUACGAGGUAUAUCCUUGUGUUUAGUGUGUAUCAUUAUGUAUCUCUAGUUCUAUAUUAUGAAAUGGUAGACUACUCGGUUUCAUUCCAGACAAUAUGGGAAAGGGUAUAAUAACAGAAGCAUAUAUCCAGAAUUUCUAGGCAGUCCAAGCUCCUCAUCGUUUACCAUAAAAAUAGUAAUAUAAGGAUAAAUUAACAUCUGGUCAUGCGGAAUAGCAGUCAACUCAAAUAGCAGUCGUGUUAAUUAUGCAGGUCAUUCACCCUUGUGUUAGUAUAUGAAUACAUCAGAUUACAAUUUCAAAAGAUCCACAAUGAUCAGAGAAAGUUGCAAAGAUAACGGCCAAGUAUUUUGUCUUUGAAUAACACUCAAUUAUCACAACCACAUGGACAUAAUAUUGUUUUCUUGGCCAUAAUGCAAAACGUGAAUUACCUCUGUCUUCAAGGGUACCAAUCUACAAUCCUUGAAUUCCUUCCAUACUUUACUCAAAUGAGAAUCGGAUCUGAGAUUUACUAGGUUUUUUUUAACAUUAGCUACCUUCAGACAGGUGCUGUGAGACUUCCACAAAUUGAAUGGCAUGAUUUAACAAUGCUACAAUUUGACAAUUUUUUUUUAAAAAAAGCUACCAUACACACACAGCCAUAAACAUUGUUCUGAGGUUAUCUGGAAAUAGGCCAGAUUUCAGAAUAGUAUUUUUUUUUCAUUUAAAUGGAAAGAAUUUAUUGUGUUUUAUUUGGAUAAUUUUGACUAUUAUAUAAAUGAAUUUGCAAAAUAUCUCUUGCAGGAAAAGGGGAAAAUAUAUACUUCUCUAAUUAGGUAAGAACAUUCAACUGUUCUUCAGAAAUCCUUACCAAAAAUAGGAUAAAGUAUGAAUCAAUAGUUCUCCAUAGUCAGAAAAACGAUCUGAAAAAAAUUGUCUAGAAUGACUUAUUAGAGGCUGAAAUGUAGGAAUUAAUUUGUUUCAGUUGGAAGCAUUUGUCAUAUUUGAAAGCAUCUCAUGACAUCAUGCAAUACUGUAUGAAAUAUAUUACUAGUUUUAGCUUACACCAGAGCAAGCAAGCAACCUAAAUUUGAGAUCCGGUGAUAUUAUGACUGCAAUACAGGCAAGGCUAUAAACUGCUCUACAUAAUCAGAUGUGAAGAAAUGUGAAAUAAAACCAUUAACACAAAGACCAAUUAUUUUUCCUUCCUGCUUAUCUUUCAAAGUCCUGACCAGUGAUCUGACAAGCUUAAGUGCUUUGCCACCUCAAUUUCACCUCAUGUUCUUCUAAAUAGGUGAGUUUAAGCAUUAUUUGCAACAAAUAAGGAGUGUGGCAAAUAUAAUUGGUUCACUCUUACUUGACUUUGAGCAGACUUUGCCUUGAAUUCUAGGUGUCACCACAUUUAAAGGAUUCAGAGAAAUCAGAAGAGAUUCAGUGAAAGAUGAAAUCAAGUCCUAUGAAGAGGCUGAAAGAGCUGGGUGUGUACAGCCUUGAGAAGUUGACAGAGGGAGAUACAGUGGCAUUUUCCUUGUGAGAUGAGCAGCUAUAUCAAUUAGAUAAAAGUCACACUCAAGUGACACGAAAUCUGAAUUCUCAUUAGGAAGUGCAUGGUAUAAAACAGAUUAAGUCACAGAAAGGCAGAUUGUUAGAAAGUUUCCAUUUGACAAGAACCAAUUACCUGGAGGGUGCUGGUUUCUAUUGGGUAUUUCAGUGAGAGUCAAUUGGCUUCUUUCUGGAAUGCCCAAAUUUAAAUCUCUACCCUGAAUAGGCAGUUGAACCUACUGAUCUAAAUGAUUCCUUCCAAUACCAACCCAACUUUCAUUAAACAUGGCAAAAUUACAGCAGUUCUCUCAAAGCAUGUGAAAUUUAAAAUUAAAACAUUUAUUGGCAAGAAAAUUAAAAAAAAUCUGCUAAUCUCUUUAACAUUUUUAUUUCAAUGAAAUGUGCAAAUUGUUUUAAAAUUUUAUGGAUGGUGUUAAGAGAGCAAGUGUGAUGUGAAUCAAACUCUUGUUGCUCAGUAAAUUAGAGGCAGGCAAUGUGAAUUUCUUCAGAUGUUUUAAAUCACAAUUCCCACAAUCCACGUUAAUAGCUUUGCUGGCUGAGACUGAUGGCAAUUGUAAUCCACAAUGUGUAGAAUGUGCCAGAUUGCCUUUCAGGGAUGAAGAGUUUCUAGCACAAUGCAUAUUAAAAAGCCUAAUCAUCAUUUAACAUUAAUUUUGGGGAUUGUAGUUGCAAAAGAAAAACAACAACAAUAAGCAACACAGUCAAUCUUUAUUGAAAACUGAAGUAUUAAUACAUAACAAUUCCUGUUACAUAAACGUGCUUUUAAGAAUUUAACUCUGAGCUCAUCUACUCAUUCGAUUGUAUAAUAAAAAUGAAUUUUACACAAUUGGCUCAGAAUGGAAUUGCCACUCCUAUGUGUUGAUGCAAAAGAUGUGAUGCUUUAAACUUCUGGAAGACAACAUUGACCUAAACUUGGGAAAAAGUACCAAUACAACUGUUUUAAGACAGUUUUUUUUUUAAAAAAAAAAGUUAUAUAAAAAGGAAACCUGUGCCUAUUUCAUAACAACACUAUUACUGGGGCCUCUUGCACUUCUGUUGCAUGCAUUCCACUUUUCACCCCACAAGGGCAGCCAAUAAUAGCACUACAAUAAAAUCCCACUAACAAAUCCAUUCUACUAAAACAAGUUUGUACAGCAGCAAGCUAAAGUGAAACUUCCACAGUUUGCUUGCUAAGUGCUCAAAAGUCAUAUCAGGUUAGCAAAAGUCAUACAGAUACCGAUGACGGAAUUGGAAGUCAAACUGUUCAGACUAUCUUGGUAUGUUAAAUUGAUUCCUGAUAUUGGGAUGCUCAAAUAUUUCCAUGUCAUUUUAGAAAGAGUGCCCGUUUCAUUUAAAAUAGCCACCUCAGUAUCUCAUAAAUACUAAUGUCUUCAGUAGGCUGAAGAGACAAUUCAAGAUUCUGAUAAUACAACCUCUCUCCAGUUACUUGUUGCUUGCUGUCUUUCAAUAUCUACUGAUUGGCAGCUCGAACAAGAAUCAGAUGUUUAAUAUAGAUGCAGCUCCCUUGCCUGCACUGCUGUCUCCCUUUUAUUAUUAUUCCACGUGGAUGAGCUUGUUAGAUAUAUUGAGAAGGAAUGACUACACAGAGGAAAAAGUCAAGAGGAAAGGCCAAGUGCAAACAAACUUUAUGCACAGGUUAAAAACAAAUUGGGGCUCAGUGUUUGCAGGCAGAGACAGAAAGGGAAUGUGGUAAAUUAGCAAACAACCGAAUACAGAAUGCAAUAUUAAACUUCACUGUCAAAAAAUAAUUAUCAAUACCUAUUUUUUCUUGUUCCAGAACAGACCCUUAGUGCUGUUGAGUGUCUGCUUCAUACUAUCAACACAACAAUGCAAUAGAAAGUAGUCGAAAAUGUUUUGCUCCCCUGCAUUUUGACUCAACAAAAUUAACUUACACAACCAAGCAAUACAAAUGCUCAGUAGAAACACAUAGGAACAAGUUUUUCCCUAAUAAAUUCAAAAUUUUCUACUGAAGUUAAAAUUACUUUGCAAUGGUCAUGAAAUAUUAACUAUAUUAUGGAGCCUGUGCCAAGUUUUAGUCAUGACAGAUUAAAAAUUCUGCUCUCACUGGGUUACAUUUCAGGAAUCCAAAUAAAGCAAAAAACCUUCUUCCCUCCAUUAUCUCCAUCGUGGCAUCAAGACAUAUUUCGUGGUAAUGUAUGAGCUUCUCAGAGUAUUUCAAUGUAUGUCUACAGUAAUAUUUUAUUUAUACAUUUAUUACCUCAAUUAAAAAUGGGAUAUUUAGUUUCAUGUCAGUUGGUUAGCAUUAAUACCACUGAUUACAUCUACAAGUUUAUUGGCCAAAUAUAAAGUAUCUGUAGAAUGUGUCUAUUUU